AUUACUGAAUAAACAAAUGAACGUGAUGCUUCAAUAAUUCAUAGCUUCAGGUCUUCAACCUUCAAUUAGCCUACACACACAUACAGUAUACACACUUGCAUCGAGCUGUAUUUGUCUCAGCUGCCAGUUAUUAGUAACAGUAUUUUCCAACAACUCGGUGAGUGUCCGUUUUAUUUGUAGUGCGUUCUCGUCUGGUGAAUGUUUUUAUCUGUGCCACAGAAUUAUGUCUGAAUAUCUCCUUCUGCUACAUAGACAACGCACAAAAACUUCACAUUUUAAUUGGCAAGUUUGGAUGAGUCGGAUAAUAGAUUAGUUGAUGCUUAUAAUAAAUCACAUAAUGAUGUUUGUCAAUUCGGGAUCUGUUCAUUGAUGUGAGGGAUAUUCUAAGUUCUUGUCAGUCGCUGUUAUUAAAUGCCGGAAGGAAUCACAAUGAAGUGAUUAUUUAGCUUUUUAACACACAAAGUAGAAUUGGCAAUUUUGAAUGAUGAAAUGAAGAUUUUUUUGCAAGAAGUAAUAUUCAUCUUGACUUAUCCACUCAACCUCAAAGAUCGAUGGGUGGCAAUGUUCCUUACUGCUGCUUCAUUGUUUCUCUUUAGAACAUAAAUGAUUGACUGAAUGGCGUUCCCUGCCAUUGCAUUGGCUUUCCUCCCCCUCCUGCUGACGCUGCUCAUCCGAUACCGUUUCUACUUUGCGUUGUUCUACCGAGCGGUCCUGGUCCGCCUUUGGAAGGACUGUGUCACCGGUCUCAGCCGUGAGGAGCGAGCCUACCAGUAUGUUCUCACCCAUGCCACACCCGGCGACCCUGACAGCAUUUUGGACACUUUUGAUGAGUGGUGUAGCAAGGUGGAGUACAUCAGUAACAUUGGACCAAAAAAGGGGAAGAUCCUGGACCGGCUGCUGAUGGAGCAGAGUCCUCUAACAGUCCUGGAGUUGGGGACACACUGUGGUUACAGCACUGUGCGUAUGGCCCGAGCUCUACCACUGGGUGCCAGGAUCUACAGUGUUGAGAUGGACCAGAGGAACGCUGCCAUAGCUGAGAAAAUCAUCCGCCUGGCCGGCUUUGACGACGACACAGUAGAGCUGAUUGUGAAUCCUUCAGAUGAAGUCAUCCCACGCUUGCGGUCUGACUUUGGUUUGGAGAGGCUUGAUUUGGUCUUCAUGGACCACUGGAAGAAAUGCUACUGUGCUGAUCUGCAGAUGUUGGAAGGUUCCGGUCUGCUCGGGAAAGGAUCUAUAAUUCUGGCUGACAACGUGCUGUUUCCCGGCGCUCCCAAAUUUCUCCGACACAUUCGCAAGAGUGGCUUGUAUGAUUGGAAGGUCCACCGCGCCACACUGGAGUAUAGCAAGGGUAUCAGAGACGGGAUGGCAGAACUGGUGUAUCAGGGGAUCAAGUAGACCAAUAGUUAAGUGCAAUAGACUCAAAAUAAAACAACAUAAAUCUGCAUAAAUGACAAGGGUUAAUCGAGCAUGAUGCUGAUGCACAAAAUAAAAUAUAUUGGGCAUGUCAGUGUUGGGUCGUCCACAGAUCUCAAAUGAAGGACAUUCAAUACAAACUCUGCAAAUGUAAUGUUUUAAGUAGCAUUCUUGGAGGGCAUGGCAAAAUCGCCCCAAGCGUUCUGAGCCCAUGCAGUCAAUCAUGCCUGCUCUGUUGAUGCAGUCUUUGCAAUUUUUUUUACAUUUGCAGUUCCAAGUGUCUCUCCAUAGUUAAUCCUUAAAGUUUCUGUUUACAGCCAGUCAUCUUAGUGACCUGUUGCUUAUUACCUCAAGUUGCCUCAUUGCGUAAUGUCCCUCCAUCUACUUUUUAUUCUCACUUAUUGUCCAUCCUUUUUUGUCACAAAAAAAACAAAUGAAAUGUUUUAAUUUUUUUUACUAAU